AGCAAACCAUGGAGGCGCGCGGCGACCUGCGGUCGAUCCUGCCGCUGAUCCCGGUUGUGCUCCGCGGCGGCGCGCUAUUCUGGCCGCCGGCGGCGCAGGAGCAGCUGAAGGCGCUGGCGCUAGGUCCCGACGUCAGCCGCGUCACCUCCGGCGACGUCCUCGCCGACGCGCUCCACGACCUCCGCGUCGCCCUCUCCCUCCCGGCGCUCCCCGCGCGCGCCGCCGAGGGCUACGCGCUCUUCUUCGACGACCUCCUCUCGCGCGCCCACGCGCGGGACUGGUUCUCCGACGUGCUCCCCCGCCUCGCGCGCCUCCUCCUCCGCCUCCCCGCGCUGCUCGAGGACCACUACGCCGCCGCCACCGCCGCGCUCGGGCUCCGCCUCCUGUCGUCGCAGGACGCGGGCGUCGUUCUCCUCGGACAAGAGCUGGCCGCCGCGCUGCUCGCCUGCGCGCUCUUCUGCCUCUUCCCCACCGCCGGUCGCGGCGAGGCGCGCCUCCCGGCCAUCAAUUUCGACACCUUGUUCGCGGCACUGACUUACAACAAUUCGAGGCCAAGCCAGGAGCACAAAGUGAGGUGCCUUGCUCACUACUUUGAGAGGGUGACCGCGUCUACGCCUACUGGAUUCGUGUCAUUUGAGCGGAAGGUUCUUCGGUGCGGCUCUGUCUCCGGUGGCAUUACCUACCCUGACAGUGAUGCUUGGAUGAAAUCUAGCGUGCCCCUCUGCCCAUUCCGGGUAAUUUCCUCGGGUUUGAUAGAAGAUGAGGAACAAGAAGCCCUUGAGGUUGACUUUGCAAAUAAAUAUUUGGGGGGAGGCGCACUUUCCAGGGGUUGUGUGCAGGAAGAGAUCCGUUUCAUGAUAAAUCCAGAGUUGAUUGUGGGCAUGCUCUUUAUGGCUUCAAUGGGAGAUAAUGAGGCUAUAGAAAUUGUCGGCGCAGAAAGGUUCUCACAGUAUAUGGGGUAUGGUUCCUCAUUCCGCUUUGUCGGUGACUAUUUAGAUACGAAGCCCCUUGACGCAAUGGGUAGACGAAAAACUAGGAUAGUAGCAAUUGAUGCUUUGGACUGUCCAACUAAGUUACAGUAUGAAACUAAUGGUCUUUUAAGGGAGGUGAACAAAGCGUUUUGUGGAUUUGUGGAUGCAUCAAAGCAUCAGUUCUGUUUGAAGCCAUUUCAGGAUUCUAAUACCAUGGAUAACUGUUCAAGUGUUAGCUCUGAUCACUGUAUAGGAGUUUCAACUGGAAACUGGGGUUGUGGGGCUUUUGGUGGAAACCCUGAAAUCAAGAGCAUGAUUCAGUGGAUUGCUGCAUCACAGGCACGGCGACCUUUUGUUAAUUACUAUACCUUCGAGGAUGCAUCACUGAAAAGACUAGAAGAGGUGAUCCAGUGGAUAACUCACCAUGGAUGGACUGUUGGCGAGUUGUGGCACAUGAUAGUCGAGUACUCAUCCCAGACGCUGAAAGGUGGAACUCGCGAGGGCUUUUUGACUUGGUUACUUCCAAAGGAUGGCGCCGAUAGCAGCGUGGAUUACAUGUGUGAGUAGCCCAGUUUCGUGAGGUUAAUCAGCAUCUGUGUAAUGUGCACUAUGUGUGUGAAGUGUGAGCAUCAACUUUGCAGAA